UUGAGCACCAUGUCCAUCCUGAAGUUUUAUGUCCGGGAAAUCUUUGAUUCUCAUGGCAACCCUACUGUGGAGGUGGACCUCUACACUGACAAAGGUCUGUUCAGAGCAGCUGUACCCAGUGGCGCUUCCACUGGUAUCUAUGAAGCCCUGGAGCUCAGGGACAAUGACAAGUCAUGCUACCUUGGUAAAGGUGUCUCACAAGCCGUGGACCACAUUAACUCUGCACUUGCACCUGCAGUCGUUGGUCAGGAUGUGUCUGUGGUUGAGCAGGAGAAAAUUGAUCAGAUCAUGCUUGACAUGGAUGGCACAGAACAAGCGCAAGUUUCACAUUAAAAUGUGGAGGACAUGUUUUAACUAGUUAAAUGCAUUGAUUGUAAGUCACACUGAAUGAGUUCUGUCGGCUAAAUAACUCAAUAUUUGCCCCAUAUGAGGUUAUUUUUGAUCAAUUUCACCUGCAUUUAUUCUUAUUUUUUGCACAUCAGCCUAGUUUGGUGCCAACGCCAUCCUGGGUAUUUCCCUGCGGUGUCUAAGGCUGGCGAAGCAGAGAAAGGUGUCCCCUUGUACCGUCACAUCGCUGGUCUUGCUGGGAACCCUGAGGUCAUCCUGUCAGUACUGUAACAAGCUGGCCAUGCAGGAGUUCAUGAUCCUACCGGUGGGUGCCAGCACCUUCAAGGAGGCCAUGUGUAUUGGGGCUGAGGUCUACCACAACCUGAAGAACGUCAUAAAGAAUAAGUACGGCCAGGACACCACCAAUGUGGCAGAUGAGGGUGGCUUCGCUCCCAACAUUCUGGAGAACAAGGAAGGUAUCAGAUGUGAUCAUAGAGUAUUUUGAUCACAUAAAGUAUAUAUAUUUUUAUUUUCAGCACAAAGUAUAUUUUGGUACUUUUUUGGAUGCAGCUUUUUCUACUGGAAACUCACCACCUCAGUCACUAACUUGUAGUACCCACAUGAUCACAAGGU